AUGUCUUUCGUAUGGAAUACUCUUUAUUCGCUUACUUGCUGUUUCCCUACUCCAAUACUUCACAUAAAAAGUCGACACUUUAAAGUGAUCAGAUUGCUUGGUGAAGGUGGUUAUUCGUUCGUUUAUCUAGUGCAGGAUACUAGUACUGGACUUCAAUGUGCUCUUAAAAAGAUUCGAUGUCCUCUUGGAACAGAUUCUGUGAGAAAUGCAAUGAAAGAAGUUGAGAUGUAUAAAUUAUUUCAACAUGAAAAUAUCAUUAAGGUUAUC